ACUAUACUUGUAUUAAAGAUGGCGGUCGCAGGAUGAAUCAGUGGGGAAAGAGAGAGAGAAAACGAGGGAGGAAGGUUGCAAACGAUUGUCAACAAGUAAAGAUUCCGCAGAAAGGACGAUUUAGGUAGAUUUAGGAUGGUCAGAGAAAACGAGAGAAUUGAAUCGGACGUGAGCUGCAUUUCUCCUCCUUUUUUUGUUAUGUAAGCGCGACACGUCGAGGGGGAUAAACCGCCGUGAGUGUUGGAAGUAGCACGGAAGCCAGGUGCCGUCGAGAAACGAGUUCUCUAUCCGCUCGUCCGGAAAUACAGACUUUGAUGAAUGUCUGAGAGUGACUACGAUUCAGCGAACGAGUAUACAAGCCUGAUGGACGGUCACGUCGCGGAGUCUCGCACGGACGACCUGAUCCUGGGCAAUGAACGUCGGAAGGGCCGCUCCAGAAGUGCCAACGAAGAGGUGGAGAAUGGGGUGCCCGAGGUGCAUAUUGAAGCGGCUGGCAUGGCUGUCGCCCGAUCAAACAGACGUGGCACGUCCCGUAACAAUAAUCAAAAUAGACUGAGGCGCUACAGAGACGAGGAGGAGGAAGAACUUAAAUACGGCGCUGCGCAUGUGAUCAAACUAUUCGUCCCUGUUUCGCUGUGUAUGCUGGUUGUGGUGGCCACUAUUAGCUCAGUCAAUUUUUACACGACCAAGGGAAUGUACUUAGUAUACACUCCAUUUCAUGAGGAAAGCCCCGAUAUGAGUACCAAAGUCUGGCAAGCGUUUGCCAACUCCCUGAUUCUCAUGAGCGUCAUUGUAUUUAUGACUGUGAUACUUAUCAUCCUUUAUAAAUACAGAUUUUACAAAGUCAUACACGGUUGGCUGAUCAUAAGCUCUCUACUGUUGCUUUCAAUGUUCUCUGUCCUAUAUUGCGAGCAAGUGUUGAAAGCUUAUAACAUUCCAAUGGAUCUAUUCACGCUAGGUAUAGGCUUAUGGAAUUUUGGUGUAGUCGGAAUGAUUUGCAUUCACUGGCAAGGGCCGUUGCAACUUCAACAGGCGUAUCUAAUCUUCAUUUCCGCCCUGAUGGCGCUCGUUUUCAUUAAGUAUUUACCCGAAUGGACGGCAUGGGUUGUGCUCGGGGUUAUAAGUAUCUGGGAUCUGAUUGCGGUUUUAACACCGAAAGGCCCACUAAGGAUACUCGUCGAAACGGCGCAAGAACGAAACGAAUCUAUUUUCCCUGCUCUAAUAUAUUCUUCCACCAUCUUGUACUCGUUUACCGUGACUUAUGCUGGAUACGUGCAAGCAGCCACAAUGGCAUCCGGAGACACCGCGGUGUCUCCUACGCGUGACCAGGCGGACAAUCAAAAUCGAGCAUCGGGCGAUGCGGAAGAUGCAGGAGGUUUCACUCCUGAAUGGGUAGAGACGCACAACGAACGUAGCACGAGACACGCUCAAGAAGUGCUCGAGAACUCGGCCGCGUUGAGCGAAAACACGAGACAGGAGGAAAAUCGUCCGCGAGAGUCGCAAGGACAAGCCGCGGUCGUCGAGGAGGAACGCGGAGUUAAGCUAGGCCUCGGGGAUUUCAUAUUUUAUAGCGUGCUCGUCGGAAAGGCGUCCAGCUAUGGAGACUGGAACACCACGCUGGCUUGUUUCGUUGCUAUUCUUAUUGGCCUCUGUCUGACACUGCUGUUACUGGCCAUAUUCAAGAAAGCGCUACCCGCAUUGCCGAUUUCUAUCACGUUCGGUUUGACGUUUUAUUUUGCCACGAGAGUGAUUGUCGCGCCAUUUGCCGAUAGUUUAGCGAGCGAACAAGUGUUUAUUUAAAGCGAGAGGCUCGCAGUGCGGCAGUUCCGAGCAAACUUGAAUUAACCGGCGAAGAUAUUCCUCGAGACGUUUCCGGCGUUGCCUCGCUACGACUUCGUACUUUGGAAAGACUUGGCGUGGAGGAAAGCGUAUCGCCGCGACCUGCGUACGAUCAAAGAGUUUCCGUAAAAUCAAUUGUACUGCAUAUAAGUACGCGUGUUUAUGUUUAUGAAAGUGGUCUGAGACGCGUGUAUAUUUUGUUUUUAAACAAUUAGAUUUUUGCUAUUCAAAGUCCACUUUAAAGCAUCUAUGAUUCGUGUCAGAAUUUCCGAAUAAAAUUGUAUAUUAUUUAUGUA